UGGGGAAGCGCGGUGUGAAGGCCUCCGGCUCUCUGAGCUCGUUUUGGACCCCCCCCCCUGAGAGGAGACGUCUCCCUAGAGGCCUCUAAAUCCAGCCACACCCUGCACAUGACCUCCACCUGCGGCAGGCACAACGCCAGCCUCUCUGCUGCCCUGAACACCGUGGACAAGAAUUUGAAAAAGAGGCAAGCGAUCUUGAAGAUGACCUUCUCGAAGCCGAAGAGUCCGUCCACAGAGCUGGAGUUUGAGGGUGUAGUGGAGGAGCUGAGGAAGGACAAGAAGAUGUAUCAGAAAAGAGCCAUGCUACAGCUCAGACAGCCCUUCCAGACCUUUCCUCAGACUUUCCUCCUACGGGAGACUUUCACCGUCGACCUCCUCAAAGGCCUCUACAUCCUGGAGUCCAAAGCGGGUUUCCAUGGCAACAGAGAGGUCAUCCACACCCUCACCCUCGGCUACAAACCACCGAGCCCUUUUGUUUGUUCUGCACUCGUCCAUCCUUUCGGCUCUGACACUAUUCCAUCAGACUCAGAGGUCUGCGUGACCCUAACCAGCAACCAGACCCAGAGAGACAUACAGGGAAGGUUACGGGUCGGCAGCAAAGAGAGACUGACGUUCUUUGGACAAGUUCAGUUUAACCCUUUGCACUCAACUCACCAAGAGAUAAAAGUCAGAGCCAACUUCUCCCAUCUACUCCAGCUGCAGCUCCCCUCCUCCGCUAUAAUGGAGGGAAAUGUAGGAUGGAACCCCAAAAACAACAGUGACUUUGAUUAUCAGGCAGGAGGGAAACUGAGAAUAGAGCGACAGGAAUGCCAACUUUCUGUACAGCUCAAUGGAACAUCAGGAAGAGUCAGUCUUUAUUCCUCCCUCACCCAUCCUUUCAAAUCAAAGAUACCCAAAACAUUAGAGGUACAGGCCACUGCAGACGUUUCUGCAGUUCGUGGCACAGGAAGUAGCUCCGUACAUGUGAGGGCUGAUGGGAAGGACAGGGUGAAGCUGGACGCCCAGAUGUCCCACUCCUUCCAGAGGGGAGAGAGAGCCAUGGGACUGACUGUGAACGUAUCCCAGAGUCUGCUGCCUUCUGCCACCGACCUGCACGUAAACAUGGCUGCCAACAUGUUCUCAGACAGUGUGUCUCUACAUGGCUCCUACACUCAGGGCCAUGAGGCUCUGCUGGCUCAGCUCAAAGGGUCUCUCAAAGACACCGGGGGUCUCCAGCUGGCUGUGUCCGGGGACCUGAGGCACUCCAUGGCCAGCCUCGCUGUGCUGCCUACAGUCCUGGGGCUGGACGGGCUGCUGGGACAGUCUGACACCCUCAUUGAAGGACAGCUGAGAGUACGAGUGAUGGAGACCUUGUACAGCGUGGAGCUCAGACAUCAGGAGGCUCUCGGAGAUAUUUUGGACAGAGAAGAUGAAGAGGGCAUGAUGGGAACAACAUUUCACAUGGCACGUGAUUGGCUGUGUGUUCGGUCAGGGGCGGAGCAUUUGUGCAUGAAUGCGAGUCGCCGAAUUGGGGAUGGAGGGAUGGGAGAGAUCUACACAAGGCUAUCUCAUUCCUUUGUCUUACUAAAUGCCACAGGUGUACCUGCCAGCAGUGAUGCCCAGCUGAGGUGGGCCCAGGAUGGAGGUCGUUUGUCAGUCUUUGCAGAGCUGCAUGCUGGAGCAGAACAUCUAAAAGCUGAGUUUAAUGGAGGAAAGACUGACCAGCUUACACAACGAUGGGAGUUCUUCUCCAGGCUGCAGCAUCACUUCAAAGCCCUGCUGAAGAGAGGUGUAUCAAGCUCCAUACUAGCUAAAGCACAUUACCAGUUAGAAAAAGAAAGUCUGGACACAGGCGUGGUCCUUCACACAGGAGACGAGAGAGUGGUUGAUAUCCUUUUUAAUGUUGGAUCAAAGAACAGCGCAGCUAUAUUGGAAUUGUCUCUAUGGCAACAGAUGAAGAUCCUUCAGGGUGUCAUACCCACCUCUUUACAGAUGAACUGCACAGGGGACUCCAGCGCAGAGCGUCUCUCAGCCCAGUGCUAUGGAAAUGUCUCAGGUCGCCCCGCGGAGACCCUCCUGCCAGCGCAGACCUCAGCCAACAUCUCCAUCACCCGCUCUGGCUGCUCCACUGAUCUCAGAGCUGUCCUCCAUGCUGAUGGGGAGCAGAAAGGCAGCCUCAGUGUGCACUCCACAUGUUGCCCUCAGCUCAGUCUGAGAGCAUCUGUACAGCACUCUAUAGAGGCCGUACAGAUGCUGGGACUUCCUGCCCACGGAGCUUUCAUCCUGAAUGUCUCAGCUGCACAUCUGCCUGGCGUGGAGGUCGGCGUGGAGCUGGGUCGUUGUUAUUUCAGAGGUCAUUUAGGGAAAACCCAGGAUCCACAGACAGAGGAGGAGCCGGCUUCCUACGCUGUCAAUGUGACCAACCACUGCCCCGCUCUACAGGAAACGGUCCUCCCGGUGUCCCUGACCCUCCGGGGCCACCUGUCAGUCGGCCCCUGUCAGCUCACCAUGACCUCCUCUCUAAGGGCCGACUCUGAGGGCCUCUCCCUGGAGCUGGGGCAGGUCUGCAGGCCCCCACGUCUAUCUGGGAGCCUCACCCACUCUUUCUCUGGGCUGAGGAGCCUUGGCGUGCCCCAGACGAUGAGCAUAGAGGCCUCGGCCCCAGAGCAGGCAGGGGCCCUGCUCAUAAAGGCUGGGACGUGUUCCAUUAGAGCCAAUAGAGUCUCAGGGUCCUCAGGAAGGACACCGUGGCUCUGGGCUCUGGAUGCUCAAUGCCCAUUGCUACAGGCUCAUCUGAAUGGCUCAGUGUGGCAGGACCCUCUGGGUGUUUGGACAGUGACAGUGGACACCAACCAGGAGGAUAAAAGGGGUUUCCUGAGGCUGAAUGCAAGGGCCUGGCCGGAGCUGAGUGUGGAGGGCGAGCUCCGUCACGACCUCCCCGCCCUGAGAGGGUUACCGCAGCACGGCAGACUGAGGGUCUCCUGCAGGGCCGGUGAACAGCGGUAUGACGGGGAGGCCCUCGUUCAGCUGGAGCUGUGCACUGUGGGAGCCAGUGGAGCUGUGAUGUCACAGACAGGCCUGCAGGGGGCGCUGCUGUAUCACAACAACUGCACUCUCAUUCAGGAGUGGGGGAGUCCCGACAGGAUGGAGUAUUCUGGGGCGUUGGUCGUCUCCCCGACUCUAACAGAGUCUCGGGUCUCCAUGGCGAUUGAUGAAGCAGAGUUAAAGGCUUCUGUGGUUCUCAAGGAAACCAAGGAUAUAAAUGAAGCAUCGCUCAGUGUGAACCAUUCUGUGCCCGUGUUGAAGAAGAUGGGUCUCCCUGUCAGUGCUGCACUCACAAUGCAUUCUGGGAGUCAUGGCAACGGAUCGUACUAUUACCUGCUACACAGCAGUGCAGGAAGCCAGAAGCUAACUCAGGAGAUGAGCGUCUCACAGAUGUCUGAGUCAGUCCGAGUGAAGAGUCUCUUCAGACACACAGUGAGCGUCCUGAGGAGAGCGGGAGUCCCAGCAGACAGCAGCAUGCAGGUGGAGCUGGGCUCAGCAGGGGGGAAGGCCUUCACCUUACAGUCCCAGUUUGGAGGUCAGCAGGCUGGGGUGAGACUCAGCAUGAAAUCUCUCCCAACGAGCAAAGAGAUGAGAGGAAGCAUGUGGCACGGCUGGUCCUGGCUGCAGGGGAGGGGGCUGCCCCGCAACAUAGAGGGCCUGUGCUCCGUCCAGGGGGUCUUCUCUCAGCUCCAGUCGGGGGUCCGGCUCUCUGUGGACGGGCAGCAGCUGCUCUCUUCCGGGCUGAACGUCAGUGUUUCUGAGGGACGCCUGGCUCUGCUGCUCUCAUUCUCCCCCCCCGCUGCAAAUCUGACAGGAACCCAGAACAGUCUGAACACCACGAUCACUGCACAGUUCAAAGGUCCUCUGCGCAGCGCCUCCGCAGACAUUCACUGUCCCCACUGGAGAGUGAGAGCUCUGGGGGACGUAGGGGGCUGGGGGGCCCACGGGGGCUCCAAGGAGGCCCGGGUCACUCUGAGGCACACAGUCCAGGGACUCACCAGCCCCGCCUUACAGGUGGAGGCCUGGGGGAGGCUCACUGAGUCCCAGCUGAGGUGCUCCAUCGCCCUGAACCCAGAGCUCAGCUCCUCUCUGGCCCUCAUCAUGCAGGGACACCAUCGGCCCCACAGCAAGGACCUGAUGGUGAAGGUGGUGCAGAAUAUUCCCAGGAUGUUGGUGUACCUGCCUCCUCAGCUCAACAUCCGCUCUCAGCUGAACCAGUCCCAGUCGGGUGUAGCAGGGCUGGUGGAGGUGUCGUCAGGCCGGAGGAGGCUGUGGGCGGUGGGGGAGCUGACAGCCAUAGAGAUUGGAUACAGACAGGCUGUGGAGCUCAAACACUCGUACCCUCAGCUGAGGCCCCUCCCCAGGACGGUGGCAGUGAGGACGGUGUACGAGGCGAGGAGCUGGAGCCACCAGGUCCAGCAUCGAGCGGUGUGGGGCAGCCAGGAGUUGGUCCUGUCUGGGCUCUACUCUGCCCCCCCAGCACUGCAGCAGGGGAACCACACCCUGAAGGUUCAGGUCAGCUGUGUUCCCCGGGGGUCCCGUGUGGAGGUGACCCUGGAGCGGUCCCCCCAGGGCGGGCAGGACAGUGUGGGGGUGGGCUGGGUCAGGCACGGCCUCCUGGAGCAGGUCCGGGCUGAGAGCUGGUGGAGGCGCUCGGAGGAGAGCAGUGAGAGCAGGGUGGAGCUGCAGCAGCCCUUCUCCUCCACCCUCAGCAGCCUGUCCCUGCACAGCCUGACACACAUCGCACUGACGGAGCAGCGCACCAGCCACCAGACCCAUCUGUCAUGGAACAACACGGUGCCCGUCAACAUCUCCAUCAGCCUGAACAAGCAGUGGCAGAAGAACUCCAGCAGGGGGCAGGCCUGCGCUCUGUUCUCCACACAACAGAUGGCGGUGUCGUCUGUCAAAGGUUGUGUGUCAGUGGGUCAGGAGGGAAACUCGUAUUCCCAGAAUGCAGAGCUCAGAUGGGACAACAGGAGCGUCAAACAAGGCUUGAAGUACCAGAGGGGUCCACGGGGAAUGCACAGCCUUCAGGUGAAUGUGGGCCUCGAUAAAGUGUCCCCUAUGCCCUGUCAUUCACACACACUCCUGACAAAGAUUCAGACCAACCUGAGGAACCGCCUGGAGCACUCAGUGCUGCUGGGCCUCUGCCCCCCCCAGCCUACUGUAUCGUGGUCAGGAUCCCACAGCGUGAACUCGGGAGAGGAGCUGUUUUACUCUCAGUCUCGCCUCUCGGUGACAGGACGGCCCCACCAGUGCAGCCUCACCGUCGCUCUGACCAACUCCUCCACAGCCCAGGGCUCCAAAAUGUCUCUGUUCUCCAAGUCUAGGAUGGGCAACUGGAGUGUGGAGGUGGGGGGCAGUGUCCUGUCUGGGCCCCGGGGGUCCGGUCUCCAGGUGCAGGCCAGACUGGACGGCAGAGAGAAGAUCUGGCUUAACGGGACGGCGGAGGGACCAUGUCUGCAGAGCACAGCGGGUUAUAUGAACGGUGUGAGCGAGGACGUCACAGUUGUGGCGUGUGUGGGAACAAAUGGCAGUGUGACGCUGGAUGUGCAGAAACGAGACGGCAGCAGCACAGACCCUGAGACUCUGGGCAGUGUGUGUGUGGGAGCAGCCAAUCAGAGGCUGAGGCUGAGAGCAGGAGGCUGUUUGGAAAGUCUGACAGCAGUGGAGGCACGGAUUCAAUAUCUAAGCACUCGCAUACAGACCAAGCUGCUGGAAAGAGUCAAGACAUUACAGCAUCUCCUCGUGGAAUUCAGACAGCAGUCCAGGGACAGCGAGUUGCUUCAGGAGCUGAGUGCCGUUCCGCUUCAUGUUUCCCAGCAUGCUCAGGCUCUGCUGCAGCACAGACAGGGGGGUCUGCUGGCUCUGUGGCAGCACAGCCCCCUGCGCCGCGUCUUGACCGACAGCCUGCCGCGCCUCCUCAGCCUGCUGCAGCACGCCUCUCUGCUGGGACAACAGGAACUGAGGAGGCCCCUGGCCACUCUGGCAGGUGUGUACCAAGAUGUGAAGGGCCAGAGGGUGGAGGCGCUGUGGAGGGAGGCUGUUUCUCUGUGGACUGACGGGCUGAUGCAUGUCCUCCCUGUGCUGAUUGGGAACCCUCAGCUGAGGCCCCUGGCUCAGGCCGGGGUCACCACGCUCAGCGCCACCCUGGAUGUGGCAGGAAAGCAUGCCUACCACUGGGUGGAGACCAGGCUGGCGAUGGCUCUGUCUGGGGUCAGGAAACGCCUGGCCUCUGUCUACAAAUUCUCCCCCAGUGAGUGUUCAGUGGUUGUGUCAGUGCCGCUGCCACCGCUCCCCUGGUCCAGGGUGUCCGAGGCUGGACUGGUAGAAAUCCUUCUGGAGGAGUGGCUCCUGAGACCCCUGCAGACCCUCGCCACUGUCAGGCCCACAGCUGAACUUUACCGCCUCAAAAGGAAGAUGAUGGACAGCCCGUUUAAACACCAAGCUCUGUUGGUGGCAGAUCAGUUUGUGGUGACAUUUGAUGGUCAUCUGUAUGAGCUCCCCCCCUCCUGUGCACUGCUCCUUGCUCAAGACGUCAGCGCUGAGCCUUCAUUCACACUGCUGCGCAAUACAGACUUCCUUCUCAUAGAAAUGAAUAACAGCACCGUCACCAUUCAGCACAAUGGACAGGUGAAGGCCAAUUGCAACCACGAUGUUACGCGCACAUUUCACAGUGACAAUGGAGUAACUGUCAGAAGAGGGUCAAACAUUGUGCAGGUGUCCAAUCAGAAUGGGGCGUCAGUGUCAUGUGACCUGUUGCUUGAGCUGUGCAGCUUCACUCUCGAUGGAUGGUUGCAUGGUGUGUCCACUGGUCUGUUGGGAACGAAUGACAAUGAAGCCGGGAACGAUUUUCCUUUGCUUGAUGGUUCUCAGGCUGAAAACUUGGAGGAGUUCUUCCAUAGUUGGCAGGUUAGACAAAUGAAUCUGGAUUGUAUUAAAGCUCCAGGUGUAACAGAGCACCUCCCUCAAGCAGCCACUGGCCCUCCCAGCUGUGACUCUUUGUUCUCCUCUCCUGAUUCCCCGCUGAGCUCCUGUUUCAGGGUGGUGGAUCCCGGUCGGUUCUGGUCGGUGUGUAAACUGAGCUCCUGGAGAGCACCAUGUAGAUUAGCAUCUGCUUUUGUUCAUCUCUGCCGGCAGAACUACAUACCUCUGGAGGUCCCUGUCCACUGCUUGAAAGCAUGACCGGACGCGCUGAUGAAGAGUGAACAUGGCGGAUUUGUGAUAUCUGUUAGCUGCUAAAACUGACACAUUUACACUUUUAUACCACUGUUUGUGCUACAUUACUUUUGUAUUGCAUUUUGUUCUUAAUUGUAUAUUUACACAUUGUUAUACCUCACUAUUUAGACAUCCAGAUAUUGGGCCAGGAACGUGAAUGUGAACAUACUAACUACAGCAAGUUUAUUAUUAAUCACAAGGCCUCACUUUUUAUAUUUUCUGUGGUCUGUAAUACAAACACUGAAAACUAUUUGACCCCAAAGUAACUAAUCCUAACAAGCAAACUUGGACUAUGAAGUGCAUUACCUGUUGUAUGCUAUUUUACGAUUGUUUAUUAAAGACAGAACUAAUAGAGAAGAGGGUAAAACAUAAAAAAAUCUAAAUGAAACUUCACCAGUUGAUUAAAUUAAUCCAAACAUUUUU